AUGAUAGGAAAAUCCAUGGUGCUGCUCACGUUUGGCAUAUGCACGGUGACGGGAUUACGUAAGCUAGAAGGUUAUUUAAGAGCUCUAAACUCGGUUGAUGCGUAUCUAAAAGGAAGCCAGGAACAACUUGAGAAGCUCCUGGGGAUAUUCCUCCCGUGUGUAAGCCUCUCGUUGGUAGUCGCUAUAGGUGUAACGAUUUUCUCCACCUUCCCAGGAAUGCCAUAUUACCUGGUGAGCAUGGCGCACAUAGUGUUGAUGUCUCUAGUCACACUCCAGUACGUGAUGCUGAUGCUGGAGUUAUGGGCUAGGUUCCGGACCCUCAAUGGCCACCUGCUGGAGUCCCUCCGCUCAGCUGGAGACUCUGAGAUGGGUGCGCUGCUUGGAGGGACGACAACGCCAUCGUCGCAGCUUCGACUGCAGCCCACUAGACAGCGCCACCUGCGAGACGCCUACAUCACCCUCACCCACGCUGCCGACCUCCUGCAACAGCACUUCGGUCUUCCGAUGGCAGUCAACAUCGCGACUUGUGUCUGUGGUGGUGCGUGCAGCCUCUACGAGAUGAUCAUAAUGGUGAUUAAUCCACAUUGGAUACUCCAGUUCUCCGUCAUUCGAUCAGCAGCGUCAUCCACAGCGUGGUUUCUCUUUCAUUCCUUCAAACUGGUGUCUGUAGCACUUUCUGCAGCAGCAGCCGCGGACGCUGCAGCAGCCACUGGCGUGAUCCUCCUGAGGACAUCCGUGGUGUCAGGUUGGUGCGACCCGCACGACGACGCCUUCCUCUGCCUCACUCUACAAACGCCACCGCUACGCUUCACUGCCGCAGGUUUCUUCACAAUAGACCGUCCGCUCUUAGUGUCUGCAAUUGCCGCUAUUGUCACGUAUGUAAUCAUCCUGGUGCAACUUACCCCAUACUAG